GGGUUAAGGCACCUGGGCCGCCGCCGCCCCUGCCGCCCCUCCCCCCGCCGCCGGGAGGAGGAAAGUAGCCGCGGGGGCGCGGCCCGGCCUCUGCCCCCACCAGCCGCCAGCCGGCCGUCCAGAGCCGCGGCGCCCAGAGCUGCGAGCCGCGCGCCCCGCUCCGCCGUGCGGCCCGGGCCGCCAUGUCUCUGUGGAAGAAAACCAUCUACAGGAGUGUGUGCCUUGCCCUGGUCCUGCUUGUGGCUGUGACAGUAUUCCAGCGCAGUCUGACUCCCAGUCCGUUUCUGCAGGAGCACACGCUACCCACCCUGGGGCUAGAGAAGGACAGUGGACAAUUGGUGAACUCCAACAACUUCUGGAAGAAUAAGAAGGAUGUGGACACCCCCACCCCCACAGCCUCACUGGGUCCCCAGGCUUGGGACGUGACCACCACUAACUGCUCAGCCAAUAUCAACGUGACCCACCAGCCCUGGUUCCAGGGCCUGGAGCCUCAGUUUCGGCAGUUUCUCUUGUAUCGCCACUGCCGAUACUUCCCCAUGCUCCUGAACCACCCAGAGAAGUGCAGAGAUGACGUCUACCUGCUGGUGGUUAUCAAGUCGGUCAUCACACAACAUGACCGCCGCGAGGCCAUCCGCCAGACCUGGGGCCGUGAGCAGGAGUCAGCAGGCAAGGGCCACGGUGCUGUGCGCACGCUGUUCCUGUUGGGCACGGCCUCCAAGCAGGAGGAGCGGACCCACUACCAGCAGCUGCUAGCCUACGAGGACCGCCUCUACAGCGAUAUCCUGCAGUGGGACUUUCUCGACACUUUCUUCAACUUGACCCUCAAGGAGAUCCAUUUCCUCAAGUGGCUUGACAUCUACUGCCCCAAUGUGCCCUUCGUCUUCAAAGGUGAUGAUGAUGUCUUUGUCAACCCCACCAACCUGCUUGAAUUUCUGGCUGACCGGAGGCCACAGGAGGACCUGUUCGUGGGUGAUGUCCUGCAGCACGCACGGCCCAUCCGCAGGAAGGAUAACAAGUACUACAUCCCCACAGCCCUGUACAGCAAGGCCAGCUACCCACCAUAUGCUGGUGGAGGUGGCUUCCUCAUGGCUGGUGGUCUGGCCCGGCGCCUACACCAUGCCUGUGACACAGUAGAACUCUACCCCAUCGAUGACGUCUUCCUAGGCAUGUGCCUAGAGGUGCUGGGAGUGAGGCCCACAGCCCACGAGGGCUUCAAGACUUUUGGCAUCUCUCGAAACCGCAAUAGCCGCAUGAACAAGGAGCCGUGCUUUUACCGCUCCAUGCUAGUUGUGCACAAGCUGAUGCCUCCCGAGCUGCUGGCCAUGUGGGGUCUGGUGCAUGGCAACCUUACCUGUUCCCGCAAGCUCCAGGUGCUCUGACCCCAGCCAGGCCACCAGGACAGGCCAGGGCUCACUCUUCUGAGUCCC